GAACAUCGUUCUGGCGUCCCACCUGAAGCCCCUGGAGAAAAAGGACAAGAUGGGCGAGAGGAGGAACGUGCUGUGGAAUCCCUGCGCAGCCCACGCCAAGGGCCCCCCGGCCAGCGACGUGGAAGUAUCCCAGGAACUGGAUCGACUGCCCAGAACCUCUGCCGAAUUCUACAGAGAUUGGCGCCGAUGCUUAAAAAGCGGAAAAGAAAAAUACCAGCUCUUGCUCGAGCUCGGAGGGAAAGCCUUGGGCAGAAUCUUUCAGGCUGACUUGGGCUUUGGGCUCCUGGGUGAGUUCCUGGCGGUGCUGGCGGAGAACAUCUGCGGUGCAGACAGAGACGCCGUCCUUCAGAUCCUCCAGAGCCUGGCGGGCACCCAGCGCUUCGGGUUAAACGUGGAUCUUCUGAGCGAGGCGGAGAAGGAGAGCAGCCGGGAUUUGUUUCAGAAGCUGCAGAGCAUGAGCAGGGGCUGUUGGACUGCCGGCCAUCCCAGUGGCCCCGCCGGGGAGGAGGCAGCCCAGCUCAUGGACACCGGCAUGCAAAAAGAAGGCGAGGAGGAAAGGAUGGUGAUGGAGCUGAUGAGCCGUUACCAGGUCAACUGA